AUGCCUCGACACCAAUGUAAUUCUGGUUAUGGGACGCCACCUACGCCUUCCUCAAAUCACAGUAACGAGAAUAUCGACCACACUAAAUUCUUGUUUGAAGACAUAAGAAACCUCUAUCUAAGCGACAGGAGGUCAUUUUUUGGAGAUUAUGAAGAAGCCCAUAAAUCUGAGGUCAAUCUUAGUGAUGCAGUAGUCAUAACCUCAUUUAAAAUACUUCUUAAAUAUAUUUAUACUGGUCAAAUAAAUUUAGGUGAUCUAGAGGGUGAAGAAGUUUUUGAAUUACUUAGGAUUUCGGAUUAUUUUGGUAUUUCAAACUUAAAACUUCCACUGCACGAGUAUUUAAAAAGUACUAUUAACGUAGAAAAUUCAUGGUCGUUUUUGGCUAUGACCCGAAUUUAUAAAUACAAUGAGCUUGAAGUCGAGUCCCUUGACUUUAUCGAAAACAACGCUUUGGGUGUAUUGCAAUCUGAAAAUUUUCUGUCUUUGUCACCCGAAGCUCUUCGAGAUAUUCUCAUUCGUGACUCAUUUUUUGCUAAUGAAUUAGAUAUAUUCCGUGCGGUUUGUCGUUGGAUUAAAAAACACCAAAACGAUUUAGAUCAUGAUACUGAAAUGAAAGUUUUAUCUGCCGUCAGAUAUCCUUUAAUGAGUAUUAACGAAGCUGAGGCUGAUGUUAGGCUAUCCAAUGGCGAUUACCUAAUCAAUGACCACUUCUUGGACAGCGAAAUAAGCAGUAUACAAAGUGCCGAAUUAUGA